AUGGCGGGGCACAACAGGGAGAAGCGUUAUGAGUGUGACAUGUGUGGCAAAGCCUGGCAGCACCCGAGCCAUCUAGAGACCCACCGGCGGGUUCACGCAGGAGAACGUCCCUUCGACUGCUCGAAGUGCGGCUACAGCUUUAACCGCUAUGAGAACCUGCUGCGGCACAACCGCAUGCACACCCGCAAGAGGCCCUUCACCUGCUCCGACUGCGGCAGGAGCUUCAAGACAACGAAUGACCUGAAGAUGCACCGGCGCGUGCGCACGGGCGAGAAGCCCUACACCUGCAGCGACUGCGGCAAGUGCUUCACCCACUCCAACAACCUGCUGAAGCACCAGCAUACCCACACUGGGGAGCGUCCCUUCACCUGUGCCCCGUGCGACAAGGGCGCCACCCGCUCCACCCACCUGCUGUCCCACCAACAGGUGCACGACGGCGACCGUCCCUUCACCUGCCCCGCUUGCGGAGAGCGCUUUGCCAUGGUCUCCCACGUCCUGUCUCACCAGCGCAUGCACACCAGUGGCCAGCCCUACGACUGCCCGUACAGGGGUGAGGCGUUUGACAGCUCGAGGGUGUUGCGGCAGCAUCGGCGGGCCCACGUCGGCGAGCAGCUGCUCCCACUGCGGUGAGCAUUUCAAGAGCUCACGGGGGCUGCGAGAGAACCAGCGGUUACACACCAGAGGGAGACCCUUUGAGUGCGCUGAGUGUGGCAAGGGUCACGCCCGCCAUGUCCAGCCUGUGGCAGCACCAGUGGUGAG